CAAAAAAAAAAAAAGUUAGCAACAGAAAUGGGAAGGUCUCCUUGUUGUGAUGAAAACGGUCUCAAGAAAGGACCCUGGACUCCUGAGGAAGACCAGAAACUGGUCCAGUACAUUCAGAAACAUGGUCAUGGAAGUUGGAGAGCUCUCCCUAAACUUGCAGGUCUUAACAGAUGUGGGAAGAGCUGCAGAUUAAGAUGGACAAAUUACCUUAGGCCCGACAUCAAGAGAGGGAAAUUUUCACCAGAAGAAGAGCAGACAAUUCUGAAUCUCCACUCCUUUCUUGGAAACAAGUGGUCGGCAAUCGCAACCCAUCUCCCGGGCCGGACUGACAAUGAGAUCAAGAAUUUCUGGAACACCCAUCUAAAGAAGAAACUGAUACAGAUGGGCUUCGACCCCAUGACCCAUAGACCUCGAACUGACAUUUUCUCAAACCUACAGCAGCUGCUAGCUCUGGCCAACCUUAGAGAGUUUAUGGAUCAGCAACCAUGGGAAGAGCAAGCUGUGAGACUACAAGCGGAAGCUUUUCAGAUGGCUAAGCUUCAGUAUUGUCAACACCUUCUCCAAACGRCAGCAGCUACAGUGCCUGCUAGCUCUUCCUCAAACAGCCUGAGCAGCAUGACAGACAUGGAGUCCUUCAAUCUACUGAACUCUAUUUCUUCAUUCAAAGAUAACCCAGUUCUAGGUUCAUCCCCGUUGGAUAAUUCCACCCUAUCUUCUCUUGGAACUGCUAUUACUAGUCAAUCCGUCCUUGAUCCACAGGUCCAUUUCUCUCAUUCGCCAAACCUGAAACCGCCAUGCGGUUUCCWAACACAUCUGACCAGUGAGAUAGCCCAGGGUUCUGACUACACAGCAGGGUUCAGUCAAGCAGAAAGCUCACCUCAAUCUCCAUGGUUUCCCCAUUCUCCCUCUCCUCCUCUUCUUCCACCUCAACCUGUUCCUUCUACAACCCAGACUGCAAUUAGCAACCCAGGUGACGCCUGCAGCACAUCUAGCUACGGAGGAGGAACUCCGUUUUGGCCUGAACUACUUCUUGAUGAUGAGUCUUUUAUCCAGGAAAUUGCUUAGUUUUAAUUUAAACAUGUCUGAGACUGAGAGAGAGGUUUGAUUUACGUUGCACCACCCCGUUUACUGUCUAUGGCUGUCAUUACGAUCGAAUAUUAUAAAUACACAAUGCAUCACUUGUACAGAAAAUAAAUACAUCCACUCAUACACAACCGAACGUGC